AUUUCGAAGUUGCAAGAAUUGAGGCAUCUAAUUGGAUUCUUUUCAGAGUCUUUGCCCAUAGCAAAUUUGAAAAAGCUCUUGACUCUAAAAUAUGUAUGUCUUUCAAGCUGGGAGAAGCUCAACCCUGAAAGGUUGGUUGAUCUUCAAGAGCUGCAAAUUGAAUUGAAUGAAAGAACAGAUCUUUCUAUUCCAGUGUUCAAAUUUGAGACUGUCGCAAAACUUAGAAGCCUUCGUCUUUUAUCAGUUUGGUUGGGGCACCGUCAGUCAUUGCCUUCUCUACAUUUACUCGGUCAUUGCCGAUGUCUUGUAGAUUUGAGACUAUGUGGGAGAAUAGAGAAACUGCCAGAAAACUUAGACGAAAUAUUUCCAAAUCUUGAAGCCCUUAAGUUAAUGAAUUCGUUGCUAAAGGAAGACUCGAUCCCUUCAUUAGAGAAGUUGCCAAAUCUCAUGUUUCUUGUUUUAUUCAGUAAAUCUUAUACCGGAGAGAAACUGAGCUGCAGGGCAAAUGGGUUUCCUCGGCUUGAAGUUCUAAAUCUUUCAAAUUUAAUUCAGUUGGAGGAGUGGGAAGUAGAUGAAGAUGCAAUGCCAAUGCUUAGAGGCUUGAGUAUGACAAAAUGCUCCAAUAAAUUGAGAAUUCCAGAAAAACUGAAAUCAAUUCCUCUCCCAGGCAAAUGGGAAUGCUCAGACCAUCUACGUGGUAAUUUCUCACUCAAGCUACUUUGAACUUUGAUCUCAUUUGUUGCUGUGGUUGCGUUGCCUUUGAGUUUUCUCUAUGAGCUGUGUAAUUCCCUUCCAGUAAUAAGCGAGAGUGUCGUGUUAUAUAUAGACAUAUAUGUACGUUUAUGUCAUCAAAUAAAAUCUAUGUAUGCAACUUAUCCAUAUUAAAUACAACAAAC